CCCGAUGAGACCCCAAUGUCAACAGGACCCAGCCCCGGUGUCCCCACCCUCGGGGACCCGCAGCCCAAGCCCGGCACGGCCACAGUGCCCGUCGCCCGGUGCCGGUGCCGAUGCCGGUACCGGUGCAGGCAGCCUCGGGGCGGUGGCGGGCGCGCGCGCGGGGGCGCGGCGGCGGCGGGCACGCGCGGGGCGGAGCUGGGCGCCGGGGGCGCGGGGCGCGGGCGGCUCCGGUUCUCCAUUCAUUGGGAUCGCGGCGGGUUCCGCGGCGGCGCCGGCAGGAUGGCUGCUCGGUUACCGGUGCUCCUGCCUCUGCUCCCGCUGCUGCUGCUGCUGGCCCGGGGGCCACCGGCGGCCCUGGGCAACCGGCACGCCGUGCACUGGAACAGUUCCAACCUGCACCUCCGUCGGGAGGGCUACACGGUGCAGGUGAACGUCAAUGACUACCUGGACAUCUACUGCCCGCACUACAACGCCUCGGUGCCCGAGCACCGGCUGGAGCAGUACGUGCUGUACAUGGUGAACGCCGAGGGUUACCGCACCUGCAACACCAGCCAGGGCUUCAAGCGCUGGGAGUGCAACCGGCCCCACGCGCCCCACAGCCCCAUCAAGUUCUCGGAGAAGUUCCAGCGGUACAGCGCCUUCUCGCUGGGCUACGAGUUCCGCGCCGGGCAGGAGUAUUACUACAUCUCCACGCCGACGCACAACCACCGCCGGGCCUGCCUCAAGAUGAAGGUGUUCGUGUGCUGUGCCUCCACGUUGCACUCCGGGGAGAAGCUGGCGCCCACCCUGCCGCAGUUCACCCUGCGGCCCGAGGUGAAGAUCGAGGACCUGGAGAACUUCAACCCGGAGAUGCCCAAGCUGGAGAAGAGCAUCAGCGGCACCAGCCCCAAGCGGGAACACUUACCCUUGGCCGUGGCCGCCGCGUUCUUCCUCAUGACGCUGCUGGCCUCCUAGCUCCCGGUGCCGGUGGGGACCCCCCCCCACCCCAAGCCGGGGAACCGGCGCGGGACCAUGCAGCCGCUCCUCACUCCCUGCCACCCAUAUUGCCGGGGGCUGUGCCACCGCGAGCCCGGUUGGGACCGAUGGCCAUGGCUGCCAGGACGCGGCUCGGUGCUGCCACAUGCACUGUGCCUCCCGCCGACACCGUCCCGGUGCUGGGGGUCAGCGCUGGACUGGGGAGCCCAGUGAGGGCAGGGACCCCCCCUCCCGAGCUGUACAUACCUAUAUAGAGAUCUAUACAUACUGUACAGAGAGCGACUAUAGAGAUAUAUCUAUACUGUACCAUAGGCAGCGGCGCCGGCCCCGGGCUGGCUUGUAUAUAGUCGAACGUGUUGGAUUUUCCUCGUCUUCCGUGAAGACCCGACCUAUGCAAACGCACAGACACUUUUUGGGGAAAAACAAACCGAAACAAACAAAAAAACAAACUCGACCUUUUUUUCAAGUGCUUUGGCUGGUGAUUUUCAUAUUCUGCUCUUAGUCUAUAAAAAAAAACAAUAAAAGGAUAAAAAAAGAAAA